AUGCAACUAUUUGUCAAAACACUCACUGGUAGAACUAUCACAUUGGAGGUUGAGUCUAAUGACUCGAUUGAGAAUGUGAAGAGCAAAAUCACAGAUAAGGAAGGAAUUCCAGCUGAUCAACAGCGUUUGAUCUAUGCAGGCAAGCAAUUGGAGGAUGGAAGAACACUCUCUGACUACAACGUUCAAAAGGAUGCUACCCUUCAUUUGGUCUUAAGAUUGAGAGGUGGAAUGCAAUUGUUUGUGAAAACCUUAACUGGAAAAACUAUCACAUUGGAAGUAGAGUCCAACGACUCGAUUGAGAAUGUGAAGAGCAAAAUUGCUGAUAAAGAGGGAAUUCCAGCCGAUCAACAACGUUUAAUUUACGCUGGCAAACAAUUGGAGGAUGGAAGAACAAUCUCUGAUUACAACUUGCAAAAAGAUUCGACCAUUCACCUUGUGUUGAGACUUCGUGGAGGAACUCUUUGUAUUUAA